ACGAAGCUCGCGUGGCCACGCCCCUUCGUUCUAUGUCUCAGUCAGUAUUUCAAGCGUCGGCUUUCUCGUGAUCACCUUGCCGAAACACCGCAAAAUGUCUGACCGAGGGCUGACGGACGAAGCGGUUACCGCGGCGUGUAAAGACGGAAACCCCAUUACUAAAGACUUCAUGAUGCAGCAGACAAUGUUGCGGGUUAAGGAUCCUGUUAAAUCCCUGGACUUCUAUACACGCAUCCUCGGAAUGACGUUGCUGCAGAAGUUUGAUUUUCCUGCCAUGCGAUUUACACUGUACUUCUUGGGUUAUGAGGACAAGAAAGAAAUCCCGGCAGAUGUGAAGGAGAGGACAGCUUGGACGUUCUCUCGUCGAGGCACUAUAGAGCUCACCCAUAACUGGGGCUCAGAGACAGAUGACAGCCAGACUUACCACAACGGCAACUCAGAUCCAAGAGGCUUCGGCCACAUUGGAAUCGCUGUGCCAGAUGUAUAUGCUGCUUGCAAGCUGUUUGAAGAGCAGGGAGUGACAUUCGUAAAGAAACCUGAUGAUGGUAAAAUGAAAGGCCUGGCCUUUAUUCAGGAUCCUGAUGGUUAUUGGAUAGAGAUUCUCAGCCCCAACAGCAUGGUGCCCAUCACAUCUUAAAGACUGUUCUAAUGCUGUGACCUAAACAUAAAACUAUAGUUAUUACAAAUUGAGGACAGUUGGUUUUUCAGAACGGAUAAUUGCUCUGUUGACAGCCUAGUAUGGAAAGGUAGACGGAAGAGAAAACCCUGUCUAGGGCUGAUAUAUGAAUGUGUUAUUUUGUGAAUUUUACAUUUGGGCCAACACUUUUGAAUGCAGUCUUCCAUAGAGUCUAACUUUGUUAUUAUGCCUAUUUGUUUACAUGCAAAAUAAAGUGUUUAUUGUGAGUCA